CUGAGCGGCGACAGGGAGGCCCACGCGCGAGCACUGACCGCCCGAGCAGCAGCCCGGCCCGCACCGCCGUCGCAGCAUGGGACGCAAGGACAGCCUGCCGGAGGAUGCGCCGUCUCCGCGCCUCUGCCAACUGGUCAAGUGGCCGCACUUCCAGGGCUACGGCUUCAACCUGCACUCUGAGAAGGGCAAGGAGGGCCAGUUCAUCGGCAAAAUCGACCCCGCGUCCCCGGCCGAGGCGUGCGGCCUUCUGGAGGGCGACCAGAUCAUCGAGGUCAACGGGGUCAACACGAGCAACGAGAACCACAAGCAAGUGGUGGAGCGGAUCAAGGCCGACCCGGACCGCGUGGGCCUGCUGGUGGUGGACGCCAAGACGGCCGAGUACUACAAGAAGCGCGGCGUGGUGGUCAAGGGCAGCCUGGCGACGGUGCGGCAUGUGAAGAGCCAGCCAGCCGGGCGGGAUCUGGAGACGGGCGAGUCGGAUAACACCAGCCAGACCCCACUCUCUAUCGAGGACAGUCUGACCCUGGCGGCGCAGGGCUGCGGCAACGAGACGCCGCCGCCACCGCUGCCGCCCAAGACUGACCUCUCGCUGGAGAUGGACGAGCCAGGCGCCGCCCCCGCGCUGCCGGCGGACGACGCCAGCUCGACGGAGACGAGCGAGCUGACCGCGUCCGAGCCGGCGCCGUCCGAGCCGGCGCCGACCAAGCCGACCUCGUCCGAGCCGGCGCCGACCGAGCCGACCUCCUCGGAAACGGCGCCGACCGAGCCGACCGCGUCCGAGCCGGCGCCGACUGAGCCUGACUCAUCCGAGCCCGCCGAACUCUCGAAGUCCGCCGAGGUUGAACAGAAGCUGUCGGCAGCGGAGAAUGGCAAGUCUACGCCAACCGAGGAGGCCGAGGAAAAAGAGACAGACGGAGUGAAAGACGAGCCCGCCAGCAUCGACACAUCCCUACAGGUGGAGAUGGGCCCGGAGCGGACGCAGCCCUCCCCGGCGCCGUCGGCCGGCUCGACCGGCACCGUGGAGUCGGCCAAGUCUGCCGGAUCCGGCCCGGCCGCCGCCGAAGGCGACAAGUUCGGCCUCAAGCUCAACAUGACGGCCGCCGAGAUGCGCGAGUACCUCAAGUCCAAGAAGCGGCACGACCCGCGCAACGACAACCUCUCCUUCAAGCGGCGACACGAGAUCGUCUCCAACAUGUAGGCGGGCGCUGGCGGCCGGGCGCGGCGGCGGCUCCAGCGGCGGGCGGCCGGGCGUCGGUCGGCGCUGGCGCGCGUCGCGCGCCGCUCGAGUCGAGGUGGAGUCGAGUUCGAGUCGAGUCGAGGUGCCGAGGUGGACGGUCGUGACACGAGCCUGUGCUUCGGUGACUGCCGACGUGGCUACCCUCCGCGAGAGGGGCGGCCCGGGAUUCAGGCCGGCACGGGGCGAGCUGCACUGUGUACUGGUUUAGACGUGACGGACUAGGCCUCUUCACCGGCUUUUGAGCCGAGUGAUGGCAUCGGCCAAGGCAGCAAUCAUCCGCUUCUGGGGUCUCGGUGGCAAUGUGCGCCAGUGCCCGCCUAAAUCGAUGGUCAACGCAAGUCGAGAUGGCCAAUGGAGCGGAUACACGCGGCUUGUAAUGGAUGGCACGUGCUUCAAAGACAGCGCUGUGUGCUGAAAUUCCGUUUGUCCCCGUAAUAAUUUUGAAUUGAAUGUUGGAGCGUAUGUUUCGAAAGGUAACCAGCUAGAAUAAGCAUGUUGUACCGAUUAAACGACACGUGAUUGUCACGUGCAGGCAAACAUUAAGCAUGGCGGUUGUGAUAUCUUGCACAUCAAAGCAUGACGAUCAUCGUGACUGUCGCAUGCAAGCGAAUAUGGCACAUCUCUGUCGUAACACCACGCACAACAGACACGAAACUGGAUGAUGCAAUAUGGGCCUAUCAUCUAUCACGGUGACCUUGAGCGCUCGCUCUCAGUGUCUGCCGUCGUUAUAAAGCGCCUCCCAGUUAUCCCUGACUCGAGACCCGUCAGCACUACAACCUUAACAGCAGUCAAUGUAAGUGUAAGUGCCAAAUGCUAUCUUUGUACAUAGACUUGACUACAUGGAUUGAGCGAAGUGUAGACCACACGCUAAGUUCGCGCCCUUAAGUCGGCUUAUUUUCCGCCUCCUGAAGAUCGUCAGAACCGUUGACACGCAUAGUCACGUGUCGUGUCCUUGUGUCGCACGCGGCACCGUGCAUCUGUGGUGUACCGUCGCCUUGUGAGCUGGAACGCACGCUGUCCAACAGGACAGCGUACCGGGGUCGGGACGCAGCUGGGCGGCGCGUGCCUGUGGGAGGUAGCACCGACAAGCGAGCAGUGUAUGGUGUCGUCCGGCGCCGCCGAAGCAGCGCGACUCGUGAGCGCUGUAGAACGGCCUCGAAUGCCGCUGCCAGCUGUGCGCUGUGACGGCGCCCUCCGCUGUGUACCUGGUGUGCUGAAUGUUCGCUGUACACAGCGUUUUAUGUGUGCUCGGUGUGCUUUUUCGCGUGCUCCUUCUGUGUGGUCGGCAUGCGCUGCAGCUCUGCUGUGUGUGUUCGGUGUGCGCUGUGCUCUGCAGCAUGUUCGGCGUGUGCUGUGUUCCGCGGCGUGUGCGGCGAGGACGCCACGUGGCGCGCUCGUGCGCCAAGCGGACGGCCGCGCCCGCCGUGACGCGGCGCUGACGUCACCCGGCUGGCCCUCGCCGCGCGCCGGCGCCCCCGGCCGCCCCGCCGUCUGUAGAUAGGGCGAAAGGUGCCGGCGCCGCCGCUCCGACCCGAAUACUUACAUAUCAGCUCAGCCGCGCCGGCCGCCGGCUGCGGCUCGGUCACCGGUCACCUGCAUCUGCCCUGCCCGGCCGAACAGUGCCCGGCAGUGGCGACGACUGACCGCCCGGUCAGCGGGACACCGCCCUUCUCUCGGCGCCGCCGUCCACCGGCCGUGGACGCUAAGGCUGCCGCGCUGCCAGAAGUCACCGUCCACUCAGUCCACGCGUUUCCCAGCGGUCUCCGGCCACCGGACGGGGACGUCGCUCUGCGUUUUUCUCAACAGCUGACGUCCGCAGGCGGUGGACGUCAGUCUACCCUGUCCACCGGUCUUGGGCGCUGGGUUCUCCCCCAUCCCCACCGCCCACUGGCGCACACCCGACUGCACCUCCCCAGCGGGCCGUACUGCACCGUGACUGCACCUUCCGUGCAGCCUGUACUGUGUCGUGUUGCACCGCAUCGCACAUGGCACCGCGUCGUUCCCGCCGGUUUGUGGCGUUCUGCACAGCUCUGGGUUCUUCGUGACACCCCUCAUCGCCUGGGCAGUGUCACAGCUAUGCGUAUCGAACUAUACUUCUAUCCGUGGUCUGCCGUUCAUAAGUGUCGUGGAGGUGUCUGUCAGCUGAAAAUUGUGGACACUUGCAGUUUGUAUGCGUUUGUGUGCGUUUCGAAUAACUUGUCACGGUGUGCUAAUCGGUGUGGUUGUACAAUGCUAAGGCGUGUAAAUUUGUGAUCGUGACCGACUGGAUAGACCUUGUAUUACUCGAUCUGUAAAUACAUUUAUUUUGCUGCGC